AUGUGCUGCAGUGAGAGGCUGCCGGGUCUCCCCGAGCCGGUAGUGAUGGAGGCCCCGGACCAAGCCGAAGAGCUCACGGACCCGCGGAGAGAAAUGCCACCGCCACCCCCUCCUUCAUCACCCUCUGAGCCAGCUCAGAAGCCGCCACCUCCGGGCACCUGGAGCCACUCCCUCACGGUCAAGAGCAGCCUGUGUCUGUUGGCUGCCUCCCAGUUCCUGCUUGCCUGCGGGAUGUUCUGGCUCAGCAGCUAUGGCCCCACCUGGUUGCAGAAUGCCACCCUCCUGGAACAGCUGGGACCCAGGGCCUGGCUGGGCGUUGGGACGUGGGAAGUCCCCAGUCUGCUGCUGGUCUCUCUGUCUGUGCUCCUCGUUACCAGCCUGGUGUGGCACCUCCUGAGGGCUCCCCCCGAGCCGCCCACACCACCGCCCCCCGAGGACAGGCGCCAGUCGGUAAGCCGCCAGCCCUCCUUCACCUACUCAGAGUGGAUGGAAGAUAAGGUCGAAGAUGACUUCCUGGACCUGGACCCUGUCCCCGAGACGCCCGUGUUUGACUGCACGAUGGACAUCAAGCCUGAGGCCGACCCCGCCUCACUGACCGUCAAGUCCAUGGGUCUGCAGGAGAGGAGGGGCUCCAACGUCUCCCUGACCCUGGACAUGUGCACGCCCGGCUGCAAUGAGGAGGGCUUCGGCUACCUCAUGUCCCCACGCGAGGAGUCAGCCCGGGAGUACCUGCUCAGCGCCUCCCGCGUCCUGCAGGCCGAGGAGCUCCACGAAAAGGCCCUGGACCCCUUCCUGCUGCAGGCGGAGUUCUUUGAAAUCCCCAUGAACUUUGUGGAUCCGAAAGAGUAUGACAUCCCUGGGCUGGUACGGAAGAACCGGUACAAAACCAUCCUUCCCAACCCUCACAGCAGAGUGUGUCUGACUUCACCAGAUCCUGACGACCCUCUGAGUUCCUAUAUCAACGCCAACUACAUCCGGGGCUACGGUGGGGAGGAGAAGGUGUACAUUGCCACUCAGGGACCCAUCGUCAGCACGGUUGGCGACUUCUGGCACAUGGUGUGGCAGGAGCACACACCCAUCAUUGUCAUGAUCACCAACAUCGAGGAGAUGAACGAGAAGUGCACCGAGUACUGGCCGGAGGAGCAGGUGGUCUAUGAUGGUGUGGAGAUCACCGUGCGGGAAGUCAUCCACACGGAGGAUUACCGGCUGCGACUCAUCUCCCUCAGGAGUGGGACAGAAGAGCGAGGUCUGAAGCAUUACUGGUUUACGUCCUGGCCCGACCAGAAGACCCCAGACCGGGCGCCCCCGCUCCUGCACCUGGUGCAGGAGGUGGAGGAGGCUGCCCAGCAGGAGGGGCCCCGCUGCGCCCCCAUCAUCGUCCACUGCAGCGCAGGGAUCGGGAGGACCGGCUGCUUCAUUGCCACCAGCAUCUGCUGCCAGCAGCUGCGGCAGGAGGGUGUGGUGGACAUCCUGAAGACCACGUGCCAGCUCCGUCAGGACAGGGGCGGCAUGAUCCAGACGUGCGAGCAGUACCAGUUUGUGCAUCACGUCAUGAGCCUGUAUGAGAAGCAGCUGUCCCGCCAGUCCCCAGAGUGA